UCGUGAGUCACGUGAGAUCCCCGACGUAACAACAUGGCUCCUAUCAACAGAGCGACCGCCGCAGCCUCACAGCGAAACGCGGCUGGACGCCUGUCCCACACUUGAACAGUAUCCAGUAAGGCGCUUUCAUCUAGGAGCUGCAGCCUCGGCGAUCGGGUGAUCGUACCGAAAGCCCGUCCGGCGUAUCAUGGGAGCCGGUGGCGCGUAAGAUCCGCGGGCGACGCGGCACCGUAGCGAGAGGUUGGCGCUACUACUUAGCCCGCCGUCCGGCUAACUACAUGCGCUUAGGCACACCGUCCACGCAGCUACAGUCUCGCUGUCAGUGUGUCUUCCCUGCACCCUCAUGGCAGUCUAAGGAUCCCUCAGUCUGGGGCUUUCCUGGAGGCAAGUUGCUCUCACCCGACCAGCUCCACCCUGAGACGCGAGGACAUGGAGUGGCUGCCAGCAGCUGUGGAGAGGGACCUGGGCGUCGACUGCCGGCAGAUGGGGCCUGGUCCGCGUCCCGAGGAGCUGGUGGCUUUGGUGCCCACCCGCUGGGUGUCGGCCCUGCGGGACCGGAAGGUGACGCGCUGCGCACGUUACGACGCCACCGGGGAGGUAGAUGUGCGCACCAUCCUCCAGCGGUCCCAGGCAAAGCUGCCUCUUGGCUGGACCCGCGUCUGCAUCCAGGGCCUCAGGAAGAGCCGGCUGGACUAUUGGCUGGCUGUGGACCCUGGGUCCCUGGGCGAGACCUUCUCCCAGGACUCCUUCUGCAGGCUCAUGCAGGAGGUGUCACAGCGUAACUUCAGGAACUUAUGGCGGGAAGCAUACCGCACACAUGUGCAGCCGUACGCCGGCGUCGCUGCUCACACACAGGUGGCAGCGCUGGACUCUGUGCGCCAGGCUCUGCAGACCCUCUUCUGCUGUCCCUUCAUGUCCACAGAUAGGGUCUCACCCUCUCUGUCUCCAGCCAGGGAGAAAGAGAAGGAUGGCCCUUUUCCGGCCAAUGCCCCAAUACCCGGGGCCCAAACGGACCGCCUCUGUCCCAAUGUGCUCCCCGCAGAAGGGCUGCUGGAAUCAGCAGAGGUUCUGUAUGUGGUGCUGCCAUACACCCAGUACUCGCUCCAUGACAUUGUCACCUACAGCCCAGCCAAGCUGGCAAACAGUCACGCAAAGGUUCUCUUUGUGCUGUACCAGCUGUUAAUGGCAGUGCGUGCUUGCCAGGUGUCGGGGCUGGCUUGUGGGACGCUCUCCCUACACGACAUAGCUGUAGACGAGCAGCUCUGCAGCCGCCUCAAGAUUAGCCUGGCACACUACGAGGAUUGGAGUGAGUGUAAGAGGCCUGUUAGCUGUGCCACAAGGGCACCAGCAACGGGUCAGCAGAGGGAGAGCACUGAGAGGGUGAAUGAUGCAAGCCAUGGACAGGCUUGCAAGGGCUGCUUGGACAGGCUGAGUUCAUUGGUCAUGAAUUGGGUCCAUGGGCGGGUCAGUAACUUCCAGUACUUGAUGGAGCUCAACAAGCUAGCGGGAAGGCGUGAGGGAGACCCAAACUACCACCCUGUUUUGCCCUGGGUGGUAGAUUUCACCAUUCCCGGGGGGCGCUUCCGUGACCUCAGACGGUCCAAGUUCCGGUUGAACAAAGGUGACAAGCAGCUAGACUUCACCUAUGAGAUGACCAAAGAGGCCCUUGCUGCAGCAGUUGCCAGUGGUGGCGGGGGGAGCAACUUUGGUGGAGAUAUUGGUGGAGCCAUUGGUUCAGGAAGCUCGGGACAGCCAGACCACCUACAUGUGCCACACCACAUCUCUGAUGUACUGUCAGACAUCACAUACUAUGUCUACAAGGCCCGACAGACGCCCAAGGCUGUGCUGUGUAGUCACGUUCGCUCACAGUGGGAGCCGAAUGAGUAUCCCGCCAGCAUGGAGCGCAUGCAGAGCUGGACCCCGGAUGAGUGCAUUCCUGAAUUCUACACGGACCCCUCCAUAUUCCGUUCCAUCCACCCAGACAUGCCAGAUCUGGAAGUACCGCCAUGGUGCAGCUCCUGUGAGGAGUUUGUGGAGGUGCAUUGCCAGCUCUUGGAGAGCCCAGAGGUUUCCCAGCACCUGCACCACUGGAUUGACCUCACAUUUGGCUACAAGCUCUCGGGGAAGGAGGCUGUCAAGGCUAAGAACGUUUGUCUCCACCUGGUGGAUAACCAUACUCAUCUGACCAGCUAUGGGGUGGUACAACUGUUUGACCAACCUCACCCACCCCGCCUUGCCCCUUAUCAGUAUGCACCACCUGAGCCUCCACACUUGGGCUUGGCCUCCACCCCCUAUUCUUCUUGGGACAACCGAUUCCUGGAAGCUUUGUCCGAUGGAGUGGAUGGGACAGUUCCAGAAGCAACUGGAUGCGAGUCUAGUGGUUGGACAGUAGUUGAUCGGGAUGAAGAUCUUGAGCAGGGUACUGAGGCUCUGGACUCUCUUGGUGCCACCCCAGCCAGCACUGCAAUCCCAGUAACUUCAUCCAGUGCCACUGGAGGAAGGUUGAUUGGGGAGCUUCAGGCUGUGCCCUUGUCUCAGUCCCCGGUCACCUACCCCGGUGAGGGGCCUCCUGGUGUUCCCAGCACUUCGGGGUCUGGACUGAGGAGUUCCUUGUUGCCAAAAGCCAGCGGUUUGAACAGGAGGUAUGGUGAGGGGCAGCAUGUUGCUGUGACCAGCACUGAGGACUUCAAAAUUUGUUUGCCAGAUGGAUUCAACCCCUUGCAGCCUCUGGAAGAACUAGAGAAGCUGAAUAUCUUUAUAGUUAAGGGUCUGCAAGCACAAGUUCUGGAGUCCCAGAGGGAGGAUCCAGAUGUUGGCUAUCCCUGUCUCAUCAACCUUUUCCAGAGAGACAUGCAGGCUCUGGGUGUCCUAAUUGCAGAGAUCUUCUUGACUCCGAAGCUCCGCUGCAUGAAAUCAGACGCCCCCUUGUGCGACCGCUUCAAUGCAGUGAUGAAGCAUUGCACGCUCAGUCUUCGGGACAUACCCCUGGCCCUGCACCAUGCCCUUGAAAUACUGCUGAACCUCCACAAGCACUCCGUGCCGCUUGAUCCACAGGAGUCACAGCAUCCGCCUCCAUACCCCCUACUCUUCACAUAUGAUCCUGUCUUUGAGGGUCUCCCCCCACCAAGCCCCUCGCAGUUGCUCAAUCCUGUGGUGUCCCCAUUGCCUUUCCCUGCCUACUUCCCUCCUCUACACCGCUUCAUUUUCUCUUAUCAUGACAAGAUGGGCUCUGCUGGUGCCAGUCAGGGCCGUGACACUGUCUUCCACCUCUGGCAGCAGCUGGAGACCCUGCUCCAUGGUGAGAUCACAGCAGAAGGUCUGGAGAUCCUGCUGCCGUUUGUGCUUACGCUCAUGCUGGAGGAGUCCACUGCAGUCUACGCAGCCUGGUACCUGUUCGAGCCCAUCGCCCGGGCCCUGGGUCCACGCAACGCUGCCAAGUACCUGCUGAAGCCCCUUGUGGGGGUGUAUGAGAACCCCCACUGCCUGCGCGGCCGCUUCUACCUCUACACCGACUGCUUCGUACUCCAGCUCAUUGUGCGCCUCGGCCUGCAGCCCUUCCUCACCUCCCUGCUGCCCCAUGUCCUGCAGAUCCUGAUCGGCUUCGAAAGCUGCAGCACCGAGACGGAUGGCAAAAGGGAGGGUCGCAAGUCCCGGAGCGGGGGCCCGGGAGCCCUGGGGGAGGAGGAGGAGGAUGACGAGGAUUAUGAAGGCGUGGAGGGUGGUUUGUCAUCAGGGUCUGUGACUGGGAAGGCUGGGGUUGGUGGAAGCACUAGUGGGGCUGUGGGAGUGGGAGAUGCAGGUCUGGUGGACUACUCUUCAGGGAUUAGCCUCAACGACCAAGUCUUCUUGUCAGAAAACGAGGACUUCCAGGAUGGGUUCUAUGUCAACAAUGGCCCUGCGGGUUCGACGCUUUCGGCAAAACGGCAGCACCAGAAUUCUGUGGGCCGGGACCUGGACCAGGAGUCCUUGAGCGUUGGCAAGCAGAGCGACAAGAGCAGCUCAAGUGAAGCUUCUGCAGGCGAUGCCGACUCCAGCCGGGAUCGCGCUAGCCUGAAAUCUGCGGACAGCAGCCAGGACCUGAAGCAGGCCAGCGAGGGCGAGGAUGCCGGGGAACUAGAGGAAGACGAGGAGGGUGAUGAGGGCAAAGAGGAACAACCGGCCAGCGUUCCCAGCCUGGAACUGACGCUGUCGGGCUGCACCGAGGAGUCGGAGGCCACCGUCGCCACCUUGGAGGGAGAAGCUGCAGAUGGGAUGGAGCAGGAGGAACCUGAGAAAGACCUAGUGGAGGAAGAGGAGGAGCACGACCCCUCUGAGGACUCUGAGGAGAAGGAACACAAGAUCCUGCUGGACACUGUUUGUAAGACCGUCCGCUGGCUGGUGGCCAAGCUGGGGCCAACUGUGACGUCCCGGUAUGUGGCCCGAACUCUGCUUCGGCUUCUCACCAACUGCUAUAUCGGUCCAAACCAACACCAGUUCGUGCCCAGCGAGUUGGACGAUUGCUGCCCGGAGAGCAUGGGCAGUGUGUAUGAGAAGCGGCCCGUCAUGGGGGACCAGACAGCUGGGCCUGUGCUUGAUCUGCUCCUCUACAUCGCCCACCUGUACGGCGAGCCUGUGCUCACGUACCAGUAUCUGCCCUACAUCGGCUACCUGGUGUCCCCGCCCUCGGCAUCCCGCCUGAACACACGGAAAGAGGCCGGCCUGCUGGCCGCAGUUCUGCUCACCCAGAAGAUCGUGGUGUUCCUGUCUGACACCACGCUGAUGGACAUGCUGAUGAAGAUCAACCAGGACGUGCUGUUGCCGCUACUCGACUUGCUCACCUCUCCCAAGAUGGGGUUCCCCAGCGGCGUGCAGACCCGGUCGGCCAUCUGCUUGAAGACCCUCGGCCUCGUGGCUCUCAUCUGCCUGCGCAUCGGCCGGGAGAUGGUGCAGCAGCACAUGGCUGAUACCCUCAACUGCUUCUUUCGCGUCUUCUCCCUCCUGCACGAGCUACGGACACAGGCUGACCUGGCUGCCCACCGCGAGGCUGGCGAGGGCGCCGUGGUAGACCUGCGCUCGCCAGGUGGCUCAGAGGUCACUUACGAGCUGGCAGUGCUGGAGGAGCUGCAGGCCGUGUUCAGCCCGGCGAUGGCCUAUGCGGCCUAUGUCCCGUUCUACUGCCUCAUUGGCGACGGGGCGAUCCGCAAGCUGGUGCCAAAUCACGAGCUGGUGUGGAGCUUGGCUCAGCCCUACCAGGAGUGCGUCAGUCCGGGGAGCCCGGAUGCCACCGCGGGGGCGGGCUGCAAGCCGGAUCUGCCCACCCCACUGCCUUCUUCCUCCUCGUCCUCCCCCUCCUGCUCCGUGGGCUUGUCCCCGGGCCCCAGCGGCCGAUUCGGACGCAGUCCAUUCCCGGCCCCCCCCUCCACUUCCACCCCCGUGAGUGCCAGUGGCGACAUCAUCCCUGAGUCGGGCACCUUUGGCAGCCACCUGGUGGGGAACCGGAUCCAGGUGCCGCGGGACGCUGAGUCCGUUGGCAGUCCUGGCAUCUCCUCUCUGGACACCUGGGGGCGCCAGAACCCUGGUCACCUCGCCUCGGCCGUCGCGAGCUCUGCCUGCACCGGGCCAUCUUUCUCCUUCUCCUCCUCGAACUCCUCUCCUGCCUCCUCUUCGUCCUGGGUGCUGGGUCCCGCCCCUGAAGACAGUGCACUCAAGCAGGACCUGGCGCGCAGCGGCCGCGCCCUCCAGGGCAACUGGCUGGCUCACUGGCAAUACGAGAUCGGCCUCAGCCAGCAGGAUCCGCACUUCCACUUCCACCAGAUCCGCCUGCAGAGCUUCCUGGGCCACUCGGGUACCACCAAGUGCCUGGCGCCACUCGCCGGCGAGGACUACUUCCUGUCAGGCAGCAAGGACAAGACGGUGCGCCUGUGGCCACUGUACAACCGCGGUGACGGCACGCGGGAAACAGAGCCGCGGCUCACCUACGCGGAGCACCGCAAGUCCGUGUUCUACGUCGGCCAGCUGGAGGCCUUGCAGGAGGUUGUGAGUUGUGAUGGCACCAUGCACCUGUGGGACCAGUUCACAGGCAAGCAGAUCCGCUUCUACGAGGUUCCGGAUGGGAAGAACCCCAUCACGGCAGUGACCACCAUGCCCGCCCCGCACUGCAGUGUCGUGUUUGGCAGCGCCGACUCCGUGCUCCGGUUCAUCGACCCGCGCAAACCGGGCUUGCAGCACGAGUUCCGCUUAGCCUACAGCAGUGUCGGCACGGGGCUGAUCCGCUACCUGGCCGUGAGCCCUGGCGGGCGCACCGUGGCGGCCGGCUUCUCCUCCGGCUUCAUCGUGCUGCUGGACGCCCGGACUGGCCUGGUGCUGCGUGGCUGGCCGGCACACGAGGGGGACAUCCUGCAGAUGAGGGCUACAGAAGGUAACCUGGUGCUCAGCUCCUCCACAGACCACACGCUGACAGUGUGGAAGGAUCUGGAACAUAAACCGCUGCACCACUACAAAUCUGCCUCUGAGCCCAUACACGCCUUCGACCUUUACGGGGCCGAGAUUGUGACGGGCACGGUGUCCAACAAGAUCGGGGUGUACUCCAUGACGGAUAUCUCCGCGGGGCCCGUGAGCAGCACCAAGCUGAGCUCGGAAAACUUCCGUGGAACCCUCACCAGCUUGGCUGUGCUGCCCACCAAGCGACUCCUGCUUCUGGGCUCUGAAAACGGCGCCAUCAGGCUCCUGGCCUAGGUUAAUUAGCAGGCUCUUCUUCCGGAAUGUUCCGGUGACUUUCGUUCCAGAGGUGGGCCCAAAACAGACGGACCUGCUGUUGGGAAACAAGAUGACCACCUCCUUUUGAAGAUGGGGAGAUGAGGCCAUCUCAUGUAGCUGCUUAGACCUCAUCUAGGAAGGACCAAGUUCCUCAGCCAAUAGUCUGUGAGCAAACGAGAGUGAGUCGUUUUCCACAUGAGCACAGAUCGGUGGACAGAAUAACUAAAUGCCUGAUUACACUCUUCUCUCCCGUAUUUUAACGCUGGAUCUCAGCUGCAGAUGCGGAGUAGUCACUUCCUGUCAUGGGCCUCCUUCUUUUUUGAGUCUUAAUAUUUCGCAGAAUUAGGUCAGUCAGGCUGCUCAGGAAGCUGAAGUCGAGCUGUUUCUCACAAAGUGUUUACACUUUCCUAACAGAUGCAUAAAGACACCAAAAAAAUGCAAUUCUCACCUACAUCCUGCCGAAUCAUCGUGCACCCAAAGCCCACAGUAACUAUGCAGUAUUCCUUGAUAUAAAUAUAUUUUAAGAUGCGAAUAUGGAUGCUUGUUUCUACAGAUACAGGUCAAUUACCCUGCACAUUUUAUUAGGAUUUGUAGUGUGAUGCUGCAUUGUGUCCUGCUCUGGAAUAUGACGCUUCGUUUUGGCGUCUUUUACUCCGGUGGAGGUGGGGCUCCAGCACAAGUGCAUUCUGGGCCAGCAGGACAUCCUGCAGCCGCCUCCCAGCCCGUGGGGAGCCUCGUGGGCUCGUGGGUGUGUAGCGCCCAGCGGAGGGCUGGCCGGGGCACACGGUGAUUCUCAGCAUCCUGUCUUCAUCCACGGCUUUUGGUCAUGAUGUAAAACCCACAGAAUCCCUUGACUUUUUCAGUAUUCUGAUUUUUCUCCCAUCUGCGAGGAUCCAAGGUGAAGAAGAGCUGGUGAUUUUAUUGGUGAUUAAUGAUUUUAAUGUGACUCUGGAGUAGCUUUUUCCUAAAACCUGAUUUAAUCAUCACUGUGCUCCCCAGUUUACAAAGCUGUCCUGUUCCUUUGCUACGAGAAAAGACAUGUAGUGGCCAAACUCUGGUUCUACCAGACUGUAACUGGUUGGAAACCGUUUUGACUUUAACAAUGAAUUUCCUUUUCAGUUCACCGUUAAUCGUUCUUGUGCAGUUUGUGUUCUGACACCAUGUAUCUGAUCUAUACAAUGUAUUUCUCUAUCGAGUCACUGUUUCUUCAGAAAGUGUCCUUCCUCAUAGAAGCUGUGGGUCAACACAGGCUUGUUUGUAUGGGUUUGGCCUUAAAUUAGCUCCUCCCUUUGUCACUUAUUCUCAUUUAGUUGAAAUAUCUGUCUAAUGGUGGGGGGGAGUGAGCUGGGUGAAGUGAAAGACUUAAGCAUCAGUGUUUGGGUGGCUGCAGCCAGUGGACUGUGAUCCGAUAUCGGGUGACUCUCUCUGGGUUGUGGUGAAGAAAAGAGCUGUUUUGAGGUAGUGUGCUGUAGCAUCCAUUACACAUGGCGUGUCUGUGUCCCGGAAGGCCUACAUCACUGCUGAUGGACUCCAGUCCUGAGGGGCGCCAUCAUUCUCAGACUUUUGUUCCAUCCAAGGGCUAAGCUGGUUCAUUACAAUAAUCGCUGGCGGAUUUACUGGAUAACCUCACUGAGUUCCCAGCAUCAGUCACCGAUUAGUGUAGCAGGACCUGUGGCUUCAGCAUUGUGGGGUUGUGUCUUUCCUCCUCAGAUUUGCGGUCCUCCUGGACGGUCGUCUCAAAGCCCGCGCUGAGUUCCUGGUUCUGUCGUUCUGGAUCCCCAUGCCACCGCUCAAAUGCCCAAAUGCUGUCCUUCCAGCCGCUUCCGGAAUAAUUACAUCCCCUCUUUGUGGAAUCACGUCCAAUAGGAAAGAUUGUUUACAAGGGUUUGUCUAUAAAUUUGUGACCCAUCUCUUUGGAUUUUGUAAAUACCCUCAUCAUGGACGCCCCACCCCCCCAGGUCCCUGUGCGUAGGGAGUUGUACUCGAUUACCCAGCAACACACCUGUUACCUUCAUUAUCUUGUUAUAUAUUCCAUUGGUGCAUUUUAAUGAAAGAAAUAACCUAAUGAAAAACUUAUUUUAUUUAUUAACACAUUUAAUAAAAUAUUGCUUAUGGAAACAUUUCAAA